UGAGCCUCACAGCAUCUGUCCUUGUGGGUUUUUUUUUCCGCCUAAUAAUACACUCCUUAACACCACUCUCAGUUCUUAUCUGCCACUCCAAUUCCAGAAAAUCCAAUCUUUCAGCUUUAUUUUCGCAAGUUAAAAUAAUAAAAAAACUAACAAUAACAAAUACUCGUACUAUUCAAUAAUUAUUAGCCAAAACCCAAGAGUUCAUACUAUUUCUUCUUUCUUGUACCAGUUGUUUUUGGCUUUGAGGGACGCUCACUUUAAUGGAUGAAAUGUACGGUUUCCAGUCCACGGGAGAGUACGCUGAUAAGGCCUUGAUGUCACCGGAAAACCUGAUACUUCCUUCUGAUUACCAAGCUUGGCUUUGCUCUUCGGGUCGGGUUCCCAUGUUUGGAUCCGACGAGUUAAUCUCUGCUGCAUCUGCCAUAUCCGAAGCUGCUUCCAUCGCCCCUGAAAUUCAACGAGAAGAGGACAUGUCAAGCGUGAUCAAAGCCAAAAUCGCCUCCCACCCAUCUUAUCCUCGUUUGCUUGAAGCCUAUAUUGAUUGCCAGAAGGUUGGGGCACCUCCGGAGAUAGCGAGUAUAUUAGAUGAAAUUCUGAGAGAGAACAAUGUUAACAAGCGGUAUAUCGUGCCAACCUGCUUGGGAGCCGAUCCCGAGCUCGACGAGUUCAUGGAAACUUACUGCGAUAUGUUGGUGAAAUACAAAUCUGAUCUUUCAAGGCCUUUUGAUGAAGCGACCACCUUUCUAAACAAGAUUGAAAUGCAGCUUCGAAAUCUCUGCACGGGUGCUUCCAUUAGAGGCCCUCCUGAUGAAGGCGCUGUAUCAUCAGACGAGGAUCUUAGUGGUGGGGAGGUAGAUGCACAAGAUGCACAAGAUGCACAGCCGAGAAGUGAAGACAGAGGUCUCAAAGAUCGGCUGCUUCGUAGAUUUGGUAGUCAUAUUAGCAACUUGAAGGUGGAGUUCUCAAAGAAGAAGAAGAAAGGAAAACUACCGAGAGAAGCAAGACAAACAUUGCUUGAGUGGUGGAAUGUUCACUACAAAUGGCCAUAUCCAACGGAAUCUGAUAAGAUAGCUUUGGCUGAAUCAACGGGACUAGACCAGAAGCAAAUCAACAACUGGUUUAUAAAUCAAAGAAAGCGGCACUGGAAACCAUCUGAGAGCAUGCAAUUCGCGGUUAUGGACAAUCUGUCUGGACAAUUCUUUCCAGACGACUGAGGUGCAAUUAGUACAUUCUCAAAUGCAUAUCUAGAUCAUCAAUUAUACUUUAAAUUAGCUUGUUUUGCCUUACAUUCCAUGUAUAUUUUGAAUGCAUCAAAUGUAUUGCGGACUUGGUGACCGGUAAUAGCAAUUGUAAUUCAUUCCAUGUAUGGUCCCUCGUCGACCGGUAAUCGCAAUUAAAUACUUUGAAAAUUUGGCUGAACUAUUCAGCUUUUUUUUUUUUUAAUUUUAAAAUUUUUCUUGAAGUAGACAUAAUAAAUGUGAUGAAAGUAUCUUUAGCAGAUAAAUGGUUUUUUAUUAUUAUUAUUAA